AUGUAUGAGGGCACUGUUGGCCCAAUUGAGGGAGCGUCCGACUCUGUGGACCCACCUCUUUCAUUUGACAUUCUAUCGGGAUUUAUCACCCGCUUUGACUGUGUUUCUGAUGAUUCAGUUAUGGAUUUGAGCAUUUACGAGUAUUCGUCUGUCUCUUAUGACGAUGUUUCGUUAUUUGCACCUUAUUCACUUACUUCACAGAUAUUUGAUAUAAAUGAUGAAAUUGCACAACCCAAUUCAGAUAGAGACUCUUUUGAUCACGACUCUGAUCCCAUAGAUGAGAGAGUUUCACCCGUUAUAGGGGAUGUAGAGAUUAUUGAUUUUGGCACAAAUGAUCAGCCUAGAGAACUGAAGAUUGAGUGGUUGGCUAACGUCGUCCCUGUUCCAAAAAAGGACGGCAAAGUCAGGGUUUGUGUUGAUUUUAGAGACCUUAAUAAAGCCAGCCCUAAAGAUGACUUUUCUCUCCCACACAUUGAUCUGUUGGUCGACGGCACAGCAGGCCAUUCAAUGUUGUCCUUCAUGGAUGGGUUUUCAGGGUAUAAUCAGAUUUUGAUGGCUUCAGAGGAUAUGGAAAAGACAGCUUUUAUUACUGAGUUGGGUACUUACUGUUACAAGGUUAUGCCAUUUGGGUUGAAGAAUGCCGGAGCCACUUAUCAGCGAGCCGUCACUACUUUAUUUCAUGACAUGAUGCAUAAGGAUGUUGAGGUGUAUGUCGAUGAUAUGAUUGUGAAAUCCCGAGUGCCUCCCAUGCCAGGGCGUCCACUUCUUUUAUAUCUGUCAGUUUCAGACAUGGCCUUGGGGUGUAUGCUAGCUCAGCUGGAUGACUCAGGAAAUGAGCGAGUUAUCUACUAUCUGACGCUAGUAUGGACUACCAGGAGGUUGAGGCAUUACAUGACAGAGUAUUCAGUGCACUUGAUUUCCCGUCUUGAUCCAUUGAGAUACUUGUUUGAUAGACCUGCUUUGGCUGGUAGACUGAUGAGAUGGUUAGUGCUUCUUACAGAAUUUGAUAUUCAUUACGUCUCUCAGAAAUCCAUUAAGGGAAGCAUUGUUGCGGAUCAUUUAGCGUCUUUACCAAUAAUCGAGAGUAGGCCAAUUGAUGAUGAUUUUCCAGAUGAGGAGUUUGGUGAUCACAUCCCGAGAUCUGUUCGUUUAACAUUUCCUGAUUACCAUCCCACCACAAAUAAUAUUGUUGAGUACGAGGCAUGUAUCCUCGGUUUAGAGACUGCAUUAGAGCUUGGCAUCACACAGAUGGAUGUACUUGGUGAUUCCAAUCUAGUGCUCAGGCAGGUUUGGGGUGACUGGAAGACUAGAGACGCGAAGUUGAAGCCAUACCAUGCCUACUUAGAGUUAUUGAUUGAGAAAUUUGAAGAGUUGAAAUACAUUCAUCUCUCUAGAGCACAUAAUCAGUUUGUUGAUGCUUUGGCUACCCUAGCUUCUACAGUUGAUAUUCCAACUAAUGUAAUAGUUCGUCCUUUACUAAUUGAGACUAGAUCUGCGCCCGCAUAUUGUCAUUUGAUUGAUGAGACAGAGAUCCAAGAUGACCUACCAUGGUUUCAUGACAUUCGUCAAUUUCUUAGAUCUGGCACAUACCUUGAAGCUGCGACAGCCAAGGAUCGGAGAGCAUUGAGGCAGUUAGCCACUAGAUUUGUGAUAUGUGGAGAGACCUUAUACAGACGAUCAGUUGAUGGGAUAUUACUAUUAUGUUUGGAUCGAGCUUCUUCAGAUCGACUGAUGAGAGAGGUUCAUGCAGGAGUUUGUGGUCCUCAUAUGGGUGGACACAUGUUAACCCAUAAGAUCAUGAGGGCUGGCUAUUUUUGGUUGACCAUGGAGACAGAUUGUUGCCAGUUUGUUUAG